AUGAAGAUGCGGAUUUUGCGGAGAAGCGCUGAACCGUGUGCUUUUGAUGUGUCGUCGUCGUCUUCCUUCUCGUUUGAAAGUCUUUUCCUUUUUCUUCGACGGAGUAUUCUCGAAAGUACUCCUCCUCGUCGUCGUCAUCAUCAUCAUCAUCAUCAUCAUCAUCAUCAUCAUCAUCAUCAUCAUCAUCAUCAUCAUCAUCAUCGUUCGCUUCAUCAUCUUCUCUCCUCAAAACAACAACGCAAAACACAUCGUGUAUUCUUAAAUUCUCAGAAAGAAGAAAGCGCAGAGGCAAAGAAGACAGCGUUCCCAUCAAAACCGCGUCUUUUGACGACGAAAACGACGACGAGAAAAACUGCUUCUUUUAGUACUUUUGCGACGAAGUGUAGCAGCGCUUUGAAAGUAAAAGUAGAAGUAAAAGAAGAAGAAGAAGAAGAAGAAGAAGAAGAAGAGAAAGAAGAAGGGUCGACGAUAUACGCGAUAUCUACGCCGCCGGGAAGAGGUGGCGUGGCCGUUUUGCGAAUAUCCGGCCCGAAGAGCUGGGAAGUUGGGGAGAGACUGACGUUAACUGGACUUCUCAAAGAAAAAAGGGGAAGGUUGGAAGAUGUGGACGAAUAUAUUUCUUCGACGAGAAAGAGGAGGAAGAAGAGGAGGGAAAUGGCGAGACCGGGGGUACUGCGACGCGCUCAGUUUGUUUUUGAAACAAGAGAGAGAGAAUUAGAGGAAAUGGACGAGUUAGAACUAGAAGACGACGACGAUGAAUUCGACAAAGUGGAAGGUGGUAAAGGUCAAGGAAGAAGAAGAGAAAAUCAAGCGCCAGCUGUGGCGAGAAGGAAAGAGAAAAAUACCAUCGGGGUUAUCGAUGAAGGAUUAAUCGUGUUCUUCGAAGCGCCGCGCUCGUUCACGGGAGAAGAUGUGUGCGAGUUGCACAUGCAUGGUUCCAUAGCCGUGUGCAAAAAGGUAUUGGAGGUAUUGGCGACGAUGAGCGCUGUCGACGAAAAGGAUGAUGGAAAAAAUAGUCCCACGUUGUUGUCUUUUCGAAACUUGAGACCGGCAGAACCUGGAGAGUUCAGCAAACGCGCAUUUCUGAACAAGAAGAUGAAUUUAGUUCAAGCGGAAUCUUUGGCAGAUUUGAUAGAGUCGGAAACAGAAGCACAACGAGCGUUGGCUGUGAGUGAAAUAGAACUCGGUAGCGCUGACGGGGAUGUUAGCUAUCGUCGUGCUCCGACUGCUUCGUCGUUGUCGAGGAAAGUAGACGAGUGGACGAACGUGUUGACGAAGGCUUUAGCCGUGUGCGAAGCGGUUUUAGAUUUCCCUGGCGAAGAUCCAAAGCUCGAAUCGUCUUUGAUUCACCGAGACGUAUUACCAGCGAUUUGCCGCGUGAAAGGUGAAAUUGACGCGGCGUUAAAAGACGCCGAGGCGAGAGAGUUAGUUCGGACCGGUGUUCGCGUGUGUAUAGUGGGUGCCACGAAUGCGGGGAAAUCGACGUUGUUGAACUACUUUGCGAAAAGAAACGUGGCUAUCGUUUCGAAAGUUCCAGGAACAACAAGAGACGUCGUCGAGGUGAGUUUAGAGUUAGAUGGGAGAAAAGUAGUUAUUUUUGAUACCGCCGGGCAUCGAUUUUUGCCAAUAGCGGGAAAAACUUCAUCAACGUCGGAAAUAAUGGAAGAAUGCUACGACGCCGGAGACGAGGACGAAUCACUUUUCGACGACGAGUACGAAAGAAGAGUCGGUAAGCUUUCGGACGACACGAAAGAUUUAAUCGAUGAAAUUGAAAGAGAAGGCAUCGAAAGAGGUAAAAAUGUAGCAAAAAUGGCGGAUAUCAUCAUCGAAAUGAUCGACGCCACAAAUCCUAAGAGAAUCGAUUUUGCGAAUAUGAACAUUAAACGUGCGGAUGGUAUUAAAAUAAUCUCAGUCGUGAAUAAAUGCGACGCGUUGUAUGUUUUGGAAGAAGAAGAAGAAGAAGAAGAAGAAGAAGAAGAAGUAUAUUCAAGGUAUGAUCGUUCCCUUCUUCGUCUCAGUUUACGAACCGGACAGGGACUAGAAGCAUUAACGAAAGCUGUCUCUAAUGCCGUCCAAGAGUGUACAAUAACAGCAUCGUCAUCUUCAUCUCAAGCCAGCGACGGCGCUACGGCUGCCAUUGCCCGAUCUCGUCAUCGUGCGCACGCUCGCGCAAUAUCCAAUUCCCUUGGCGCGUGUCUCUCCGAGCUAAAUAAGGAAACCACUAGCGAUGAUAACGUCAAAAAAACAACAGAAGAUGAAGGAAGUAAAUGCUCUUUGAACCAUUCUCUGGGUCAUGUGAGAACUGAACUCGUCGCCGAGGAUUUACGGGAGGCGUUGGACAAUUGCUCUCGCGUAGUUGGUCGGUUGGAUGUGACAGAAAACGUUCUCGAUGUUUUGUUUUCCGAGUUUUGCAUUGGGAAGUAG